AGCCGAUGAGCGGAUCAGUUGCCUGUUCCCCGACUUAAGAGGGGCGGGCAGGGUAGCAUUUCUACUUUAACCCGGCGUCACAUGGGGACACAACCACGUAUUCUAGAGCCGCAGGCAAAUGAGAGCGCUCAGAUUUCUAACUUUCAUCAGAUGCCACAGCACCACACCCACGCAGCUCAUCAAAAUCCCCAACCCCCCAACCCCACCUCCAGCUCCACCCCUUACACACAGCGGAAGCGCCAGGCCUGGCCAGGCAGUAAUGCCACCCACCCACAACGUCAUCAGCAACCGACGCCUCAUGAACCGCGAGUCCCCGCAGCAAGCACGCGCUACUCAACGAGACGCAAGAGCGCCCAGCAGGCCGCCAGGCCCCAGCGAAGCAUCUCCACUUUCCCCAAGCCGCCGAUCCAACACCGGCGCACGCCGGCCAAGCUGCCUAGCCCAGCAGACAGGCCCCUCCGCAAAGCCAGGUAGAGCACUCUAGAGUAGGGAGGUAGGCGGCGGGCUGGGUUGCGUGCGCUCACUCGCGCGCGCGCGCGCCCUAGUAGCUGCCGCAACCGGCUGCAAGCGGGCAGGCGGGGCCCAAGCCGGCACGCCGGCGCUGCCACUACCCGCGCGGCGAACCGCGCCUGGGGGGGCCAGCCCGGCGGGCGUUAGUUCUGGGCCCUGGCCCCAAGCCUCCAAGGGAGUGUCCCGCGCGCGCGGGCUGAUCGGUCUUAGUGCGGAGAAGUCUGAA